AUGUUGUAUACAUGACAAUGCAAGUCUUACAUUUGUCCUUGCUAUGUGCAACAGAUAGCAACAUCAAAUAUGAACAAACAUGAAAUGAGGGCGUAUGCCCAUCUACUUAACCUUCUUUUGAGUUUCUUCCUAGCUUGUCUGCUAGGAAGAAAAAAGUGAAGCAUACAGUACAUCCACGAUAACUGUGUUAAGAUUCAAACUACUUUGACGGGCCCCUGGAAAAUAUAUUGAACGAAUGUUUGGAGGUGAGGGCAAUUGUUAGUGCGGCGGUCCACGUGGGGUUGAUACUCACUUAACGUGCCGUUCGCAUUUGCCCCGUGACUGACUGAUCGAUGACCAGAUCAGUUGUGUGACCUAAAUCGGAUGGGCUAAGACUCCAGCCUCUGCCUUGAUUCUGAACAAACGUGACGAAUGUUUGGAAGAGCAAUAAUGAUAAUAUACAAUAUAUAUAUAUAAGAAUAUCAUGAACUUGCCCAUUUUCUCUGCUUUUGACUUAAACACUCCCAUCGGUCCAUGAAGUCACAUAAUGGCAGCUGCCCACCGGAGCCGCCCGGAAAGUGGGCCACUCGCCACUGUACAACCGGCAUUUGACUUUGCUGGAAUCGGGCCCUGUGGCUGAAUUCAGGGCCGUAGCUGUGUAAACAACGAGGGCCUCGUGCAACCCUGCCGCUACCGGAGCGGUUAACAUUUAACAGAGAGCCCGUGUUGUCGCCCUUUGUCGAUGUCACCCUUCAGACUACACAGGAAGCGUCGCCCGUGAUCCUCUUGGUGGUUCGUUUGUCAAUCGUGACCAACAUUGCAUUGCUGAGGAUCAAAGAAGUCACUAUUGGGGUAUUUUUGUGUGGGGAAUCAUUCUUUUUUUCUUUUUUUUUAAGUGACAGUUGAGUGACAGUCGAGGCACUCUCCUCAGAUAACAGCCGCCUCUUUCUUCAGUGUGCCAAUGACAUUCUCACAGUGACGGUGACGGUGUGUGAUGCAAUGGAGGGAAAUCACAUGUGCACACAAAUGACGCUUAAGGGUACUUCAAUCGUUACCUCGUCAGUAUAUUGAUAGCCUGUCUUUAUUUAUUUGAUCACCCAGGGGGUGUAGCAGUCAAGAGGCCACAUUUGAAAUAGCUUUCAUUUCUUAAAUUUCAGUUCAUUUCUUACAUUUCUGAAAUUCAAUCAUGGAUUUAUAAAAAUAAAGCAGCCACGCAAAACCUAAACUUAUACUGUGACCGCAGUGCAGAAGUCAAACUGAGCUGACACUCCGCAUUGGCGACUUUAAAAAAAAAAAGUUAUCUGUACCGAGUGGAAGCACCUCAAGUCCCGUACUGAAGGCCACAUCUCAGAGAUGAUGAUGAUGAUGAUGAUGAUGACGAUUGCAGGAUUCCAUAAGCAGUUUGGAUUCCAAGGGACUCCAAACUGUCCAGGAAUUGAUCUGAUCCGAGUUAAUCAUUGACAUGCUUGUGACAGCGUAUAAAGCUCACGAUGUUCCCCCUGCGGCUCGUCAGUCAGUCCCAGAAGAGGGAGACGGCCGUCAGCAUUAAGAUAAGCACAACAACGACAUGAAAACAACUCUGUUCUACUUCUUUGUGCUUGCUGCCGCUUGUCUCCCCGUCCUGCGUGGCAAAGCGGAGCAGCCCACCUCCGAGCCCGAAACCCGCUCGCACUUUGCCGCUCUGGAUGAUGUGCGUCUCCUGGGGACCGGCCUCCUCCAGCUGGGCCAGAGCCUGCGCGAGUUUGUGCACAAGACCAAGGGACAGAUCAAUGACAUCUUCCAAAAGCUCAACAUCUUUGACCGUUCAUUCUACCAACUCUCUGUGCUGGCCAGUGAAAUCAAGGAGGAGGAGGAGGAGCUGAAGAAGACGGCGGUGGUUCUGAAGGCUAACAAUGAAGAGAUCAAAGGCGUAUCUGUUCAAAUCAACUCCAAGGUGGACACCAUCAUGCUGGAGAAGCGUUCUCUGCAGAGCAAGGUGGAAGCCCUGGAGGAGAAGCUGAGAAGUCUGUCUCGGGGACUGUUGACUGGUGACCAAGCGGGAGAGAUCAACGGCCUCAGGGGAGUGAUUAACAGCCAAGAGAAAAGCAUCACAGAGCUGUUGAAGGCUGCGAGGGAGCAAAGUGAUCAACUCAACGAGCAGAGGAUUAAGAUCAAGAGUCUGGAACAAAAGUUUACAGCUAGUACCUUUGCCCAAGACAAAAUUGAAAGGAUGCCUGAAUCCUUCAACAGCGAUCCACCAACACUCAGCACUUAUCUGGCCCCCGACUCCGGCAAGAAAACUGCAACCACGGGUAAGAUCAGUAUCACGGCUGGACGGGAGCGUCGUCGUCGUAUUAGAAAUGCCAUCUGUCAGGCUGUGUGUCUGACCGUGCGCACGAUCAAGACUGACACCUCCCAGGCUGAAAUCAUUCUUUUGUCUCUCUCCCAUCAGACUGCAGUGAAGUGUUCAACAGAGGUGAGAAAAUCAGUGGAGUGUACGCCAUCAGACCAGACGGAUCGGAGCCCUUCAUGGUGUUUUGCGACAUGAGUGCAGAUCAUGGGGCAACAGUCAUCCAGCGAAGGAAGGACGGCUCUGUCGACUUCCAUCAAACUUGGGAAAAAUAUGAAAACGGAUUUGGAGAUUUUCACGGGGAGUUUUGGCUGGGCCUUAGUAAGAUUCACUCGCUGG